GGCGUAGAAAGAGCUGAACGGACGGGAAUGCAGAGGCAUGGAGCUCGGAGAAUCGGCUCCCAGAUUGAGAUGGGCGUCAAGAGAAGUCACCCAUUCUGCUCUGCCACUUCGCUUCCAUGGCACCAUGAACUUAGCAAAGAUCACCAGAUAUUCCGUCAUCUACUCGAGGCCUGCAAACUCUCGUCGGAUAUCAGAACUGCUACCGAAACCCACACCAGAAUCAUAAGAUUUGGGUAUGGAACGCACCCGUCUCUCGUGGCUUCAUUGAUUUCUGCGUAUGCCCACUGUGACCGCCUCAAUUUAGCUUAUAAAGUUGUUGACCAGGUCUUUAAUUGGACUGUGAAUCUAGUUGCUCUGAAUAAGACCCUUCACAGCUUCAUCAAAUCCAGAGAUUCAGAGUUGGCCAGAAAGGUGUUCGAUAAAAUGCCUGACCGAGAUGUGGUGACUUGGAACUCCAUGAUUGGAGGUUACGUUGAUAAUGGGCGUUUUGAGGAAGCCUUGAGGCUCUUCACAAUGAUGCUUACUUCAAAUGUUGUUCCGGACAAGUUCACUUUUGCAUCUGUUAUGCCUGGUUGUGCAAAGCUUGGUAGUCUUCCCUUGGCUCAGUGGCUGCAUCAGCUGAUGAUCGAUAUGAGAAUUGAAGUUAAUUACAUCCUGGUUGCAGCUAUGAUAGAUAUGUAUUCCAAAUGUGGUGGAAUAGAAGCUGCAAAAAGUAUAUUCGAGAGGGUUCAGCGGGAUGAUGUUUCCAUUUGGAACUCAAUGAUCAAUGGCUUAGCAAUACAUGGUUUCGCACUGGAUGCAAUUGCAGUGUUCUCAAAGAUGGACUUCGAAGAUAUUACUCCGGAUGCUAUAACAUUUCUCGGAGUUCUGUCCGCUUGUAGUCAUUCUGGUUUGGUCAAGGAAGGCCGACAUUACUUCAAUUUGAUGAAAAGUCGGUACUCGAUCGAGCCACAGCAUGAGCAUUACGGUUCAUUUGUUGACCUCUUGGGUCGAGCUGGACUUCUUGAGGAAGCUUAUGCAGUGAUCACAUCAAUGCCAAUAGAGCCAGAUGUCAUUGUCUGGAGGGCAUAUCUCAGUGCUUGUAGAACCCACAAAAACCCAAAAAUGGGUGAAGUCGCCAUUGCUCAUAUAUCACGCCUCAGAAGUGGAGAUUAUGUAUUGCUGUCCAAUACGUACUGCUCUCAACAGCAAUGGGACAAUGCGCAGAGAGUCAGGGAGAUGAUGAAGAAGCAUGGGGUAAGCAAAAAGAAAGGAAUUAGUUGGUUUGAAUGGGGAGGCAGGUUUCACCGAUUCAAAUCUGGCGAUCGAUCUCAUCCUGAGACAGAACCAAUAUACAAAGUUCUUGGAGGGCUGAUUGAGAGGGCAAAGGCGGAAGGCUUCGUCCCGAAGAGAGAGUUGGUCAUGAUGGAUGUUUCGGAAGAGGAAAAGGAGGAGAAUCUUUGUUAUCACAGUGAGAAGUUGGCUUUGGCAUUUGGGAUUCUCAAGACUGGUCCUGGUACAGAAAUCAGAAUCUCAAAGAAUCUCCGAAUCUGCGACGAUUGUCACAAUUGGUUUAGUUUGGUAUCAAGGAUGUUAAACCGGGUGAUUCUUGUGAGAGAUCGGAUUCGGUUUCACAGGUUUGAAGGUGGUUUGUGUUCUUGUGGAGACUAUUGGUAAUUAAAGUGAUUCCUCCCCAAGUUUUUAGGGGAAAGCUAAUUUUUAACAUGGGUUGGCUUGAGGUUGUUGUUUCUCAUUGCCCGCCAUUUUAGCUCAUCCUCCGAGGUCAAACUUUGACGAUUUGGGCCCCUUUAGCGGGUAAUUAAAUUAACUAGCUAGCAUCAUCAGUUUAUCAGGUUAACAAAGUCAGCAAUGGGAUUAAAGCCCUCUGAUAUUAAAAGUAGGCUAAAGAUAUAUAAAUUUCUGGGUCCCUAGUUUAAGCUGUGACAUCCAUAGAGGAAGAUGUAAAGGGCAAGGAGGUUGAGCUAACUUAAUCUUACUUGAACCAUUCUGGUUUUGGUGAUCACUCUGGUGCAAACAUUGUUGCGCACUUGAAGAACGUUUGCAGUUUGUAAAUCUCAUUGAAGUCGGCAAGCAAGCAUGAUUGCAUGGAAUGAAUGCUAUUGUUCCAGAAGGGGAAGGAAAACCAGAAGAAGCAUUGAAGGGGAAUAGACAACAAUAUCAACA